AUGAGGACUUGGGGUGAUGGUAGGAGAGUGGGAUGGGCUGGUUUGGAUGGAGGCUUGGGAUGUACAAACAAGGGCAUCGAUUUGGUCUUUGUAGUUGACGGUUCUGGAAGUGUUGGAUCAAGUGAUUUCGAGACGUCCAAGCAAUUUGUAAAUGACGUUGUCGAUUCAUUUGAGAUUGGUAGCGAUCGCACACGCGUUGGAGUCAUUCAGUAUUCCUCCUCUGUUAACAUCUAGUUUCACUUGAACCAAUACAAGGAUAAAAGUUCAAUUCAGCAGGCGAUUAUGAAUAUAGCUUACUUGGGUGGAGGUACUAAUACGGAGGGGGCUUUGAAUGUCAUGGUAGAUGAAGGUUUCAAAGUUACAAACGGAGCCAGGGAGCUUGGUAUCCCUCGGGUGGCAGUUGUUCUAACAGAUGGUCAAUCACAAGGAGCUGACCGUGUCCGUGUGCCAGCAGACAGAGCCCGCGAAGAAGACAUUACCAUCUUUGCCAUCGGUGUGACGGCAAACAUAAAUCAGGCUGAGCUGAACGCUAUUGCAAACAAACCGAACGACACCUAUGUGUUUGAAGUUAGCAAUUUUGAUGCUAUCGCAACAAUCGGUGCUACACUCCAAAAAUCUGCUGAGCUGCCUCCACUCGCCGAGCUCAACGGAACAAUCGGAGAAAACCAAGCACAGAACUUCGUCCAAGACAUACCUCCAGAAGGUAUUACCAUUAUUCUCCGAACAGCUAAUGGUACCGUAGUCAUGUAUGGAUCCACAACCCUCGAAUUGCCCAACUCGGCCCUCAACGAUUUCAUACUGACAGCCAUCGAAGGACAAGGCCCCGUAGAGAUCUUCAUUGGAGACUUCAUUGGUAGUUUGCUCGGCCGUAGACGACGUCAGGUGCCUAAUCAGAACGACACGAAAGCGAACAAUGAAACAAUCGACAAACUGUAUAUCAGCAUCAAGGGAAAGCAAGCAACCAAUGUCUUCUCAUUGGUUACAGCCGAGGGUGACGUCACCAAACCAGAAGCCACCGAACCGGGAACCACCCAACCGGAAACUACCGAACCAGAAGGCACCCAACCCGACACCACCAAACCUGACAAUGGCGUUGGCAUAGUCACUCCGACAGUGCCAUACAUUGCUCUGAUCAUCCUGAAUGCAUUUAUUACUGCUCGUUUGGCAAUUGAACUUUAAAUCUAAACUAAUUCGACC